GCAGCAUUAAUUGAUAACUAAACAUGAGGAGUGUAUUUUUGAUCAGUGCUAUUGUACUGCAUAUUUCCUGGUGUUAUGCCUUUCCAGGCUAUGGCCCAUAUCAACAAUGGAUUCCCCCUUUUUUCCCUGAUGGUGGCAUUCCAGAUUUCGUAGAUAGAUUUAAAGAGAUAUUCCCACACGACGUUAAGGUUACUGGACUCAGCGAUCACGAAAGUAAACCUGGUGUACCUGGGAACCAUGGAUCCUCUUACACUGUCACGUCACACUUCACCACAAUAGGUAGUGACGGGAAACUGCACGGGGAGGGUGAAACUAUUGUUAACAAUAAUGGAAAAAUUACCAAGUACAAGUACUGAGAUCUGCAGCCGAGCAGUCGGUGUCACUGUCGAAUAAUCACAAGGAAU